AGAAAAUGUCAUGUUAUUUUCUUAAUAGGUGAUCAAAUCUCGAUCACAGUAAAUAUUAAUACUCUCAACCGAAAUCGGUCAAUAUGCCCAAAAAAUUCGCGGGUGAAAAUAGCAAAGCCGUAGCUGCUCGAGCGAGAAAAGCAGCUGCGAAGGAAGCUGAAAAUACAAAAAAAGCUCUUGAAGCAGAAGAAAAAGCUUGGCAAGAUGAUGACAAACAGUUGUUGAAAAAGAAACAAAAGCAGGAAGAAUUUGAAAGAAAACGUCAACAACAAUUGGAAAAGAAAGCAGAAGUGAAAGCUCUGCUUGAAAAGGAAAUGGCAACUAUAAAAGUGGGCGGUAAGCAACCUGUUGCUAAAAUAACUAGAGCAGAAAUAGUUGCUGCAACAGAGAAGCGGAAUCAAGCAGCAACGAAAAAAAGAGAAGAAGAAAAACCAAUUGAGGAGAAUUUGAAUAGGUUAACAAUCGAAGGAGAAACUGCUCAUGGAAUAGAUGAAGCUUUAUCUGUUUUAAGUACAAAAGAAGCUGAAAUUGAUCGUCACCCAGAGAAACGUGUAAAGGCUGCAUAUGCUAGCUUUGAGGAGAGAAUGAUGCCUGUCAUUAAAGAACAAAACCCUACUCUGAGGUUAAGUCAAUUAAAACAAAUAUUAAAGAAGGAAUGGAUGAAAUCUCCAGAAAAUCCACUCAAUCAAAAGUUACUCCUAAAUCGUUGAUAUCAAAUGAUAACCGAAAAGAAUGCAAACACGCAUAUGACUGAUUAGGUGGUUCGAAGAAACAUGUGGAAUAAGACUCAUAAAUGUAAUCAUGAACGAAUCAAAUAUCUGUACACAAUUUUAUUGUAAACGAAUAAGUUAUACUCCGGUAGAAUACAUAAAAUAACACUGUAUAAAUCAUCUUUGGUAUAACUUAUACGCUACUAUAUAGCCUCUACAUUGUAUUUUACAAUUUCAUUUACAAACAACCUUUCUGUAACUUCGUAAAUUUGAACAGUUAACAAUCGUGUACAUGUUUUGGCACAGUUACUCUGCAGACUUAUACAACUUUACAAACGCGAGUAUCUUAUCUGUUACUUUUUCAGCUACAGGACAUUAGACAAAAGUUCAUAAAAAAAUAAUUAUACAAAAACUUGGUUACUUCAUUUAAAUUGUAUAAAAUAGCGAUCUAUACAAACAAAUUUUCACCAGUGUAAAAUCUAGAUUCUGUACAAUAGAUUUUAAUCUUUGUUUCGAUGCAUUAAAUUCGCCGCUGCAAAUUAAGCAUAAGGCACCAUAACGUUUUGUUCUCUCUUUUUCAUGUACAAUGAGUGAAA